CGUAUAGAUGCUAAAAUGUAAUAUCUUAUAUAUCACUUUCCUUUUUUCAAGGUUCUUGGAAACCCGUACACAGUACCGGGCCUCCGGGCGAAGUGUCAAUCCCAGCACGGCUCGACAAAAUCAGCUAUCCUCAACUUCAAUUAUACUUGAUUGUAGGAUAAUUGGCAUUACCACGAGCGCACGCCUUCGAACUGGUCGCGUCGAACCACAGCGUCCUUUCUCAUUUACCCGCACGGCCGCAAGUCUUCCCUUGCACAGAAUGAUGCUGUUGAACAGCCCGAUAUCAAAGGCUCUGCCAAUUGCCAGGGCUCAUGGCAGGGCAAUGCCGCCAGUACGCUGCACUGCGAUGGCCUCUUCCGCGACGCAGCCUGCGCCAGCUGUUAUGGAAGCCCCCGCCCCAUCGGAAUCUUCGCCUCGCUCUUCCCGUCCUCAAGGGCAGCGCCGGGGCCCUUUCCCUAACCGUGGCCGCUUCCCCCCUGGCCAGCGGCAGCCGCGAAACACGGCUGAGGGUACCAGUCAGGAGGCCCCAGUCAAGAGGACCCGCAUGUUCGAGGUUUCCUUCUUGGAGAUGGACGAUGAGGAGAAGGUGGCUACCAAGGCCGAGUACUACUACAACAAGUCCCUCACGUCCCCCUCCCCUCGCGGCCUGCUGAUGCGCAGCAUGGGCCGGCAAGGGGCUGCGGGCGCGAUGCGGAUGCUGUUGGAGCUGCGCCAGAUGGCAGCGCAGCAGCAGGGAGACCUGCACUUCCAGCCGCAGCUCAUGAACCCGGUGCCGGGUUUCGGAGCGCCCCUGAUAUUCUUCGUGAGCUCGCGGCAGGGGGAGCGGCUGGCGCUGCCGCAGGAUGAGGCGGCCGGACUGCAAAACGUGUUCACCGUGUCGAGCCGUACGGACCCCGAGAAGCUGUUCGGCGCGCUGAACCGGGCGCUGAGGAGCCUCAAGACCGGCCAGUACAUGCGGCUGGACAUGGUGGGCCCCGAGUCCCUGCUCCGAGGCAUGACCGCCCUCGCGGCCGCCCGGGGCGGCAUGGGCCCCAACGGCAACCGCCUGUUUGCCGUACCGCAGCUCGUCACCGCCCUGCCUCGCCGCUUCGAGCAGCAAGACCAAGCUCUGCAGCAGCCGGAGGAGCAGGAGGAGCAGCAGCAGCCGGAGGCACCCGAGGAGAUCCAGGUGACGCAGGUGUAUGUGGGCUGGGCGGCCAGCGUCGAGGUGGCCAUGGGACCUCGGGGGCGCAUGGCGUCGCGGCGGGGGGCUGAGGAGAGGAAGCCGAGGGAGGGUGCGGAGGGGGCGCCGGGUGCUGACUGGGAGGCGGUGCGGGGUGCGGUGGGCAGCAUGGUGGCACAGCAGGAGGCGCUGGCGGGGGCGAUUCAGGCGGGCAGGUCGGAGUGAGGAGGAGGUGUGGUGAGGAGGAGAUGUGGUGAGGAGACGGGAGAUGGGAGGCGGUGAGGAGGAAGAGGAGGAUGUACAUGUGGCAAGGGUGGGAGAGCCGCGAAGGUAAGGAGGUGGUUGUUGGUGACGGGGAGGUGAGGUUGUGGAGGUGCGAGGCGGUGCGGUGAGGAACGCUGGAAAGCACAUGGGGGGUUUGGGUGAAAGGCACGAAUGAGGCGGCGGAGAGGAGGGAUUGGAGAGGCCGAGGAGGGUAAACACGGCAGAACGGUUGAGGACUGUGCCGGCUUGUGGUAGGAAGGUGUUCCCUUGUUUGCUUUGGGGCAUUUUCGGUGUUUUGCGCUUUUUGGCGCUGACAAUUUUCCCGUAGCCCUUUGCUUGCAGGGGAUUCGCUGCAGUAGGCUGUUGGCUUGCUGACACUGUUUGGUAUGUGUAGGGGUUGCCACGAUGUAAUGGUUUUGGGGCAAAGUCGGGAGGUUAUAUUACAAGGGUAAUAAAGCGACUCUGCGGGUUUGUGUAUGUGCGGUAAAAAGGUCCUGCGCAUGAGCAUGGUUGGGACCGCUACCAAGCAAGAUAAACACAGAAGUACAAACGAACAUCCUGUAGCAAAGCCGUAGAUAAGCUAGCCGAGACGGCAAGGUAACUUAAGAGUGCUGUUCUUUGUAGUCUCAUGUAGCCUGCGCACCUCUGUUCAGCCCUUGACACUAUCCAUCCCAACCAUCCGUUGCUCAUGCUUGCUGGAAUGCUGGUCAAGUGGAGUAUCGGCCCAGAUCAUUGCUGCAAGUGAACGUUUAACAUACGUAAGCUGUGGUUACUGCGGAGGAAGCGUUAGCAUCCUUGGUCUUCCAGCAAAUGUACAGACGUCUUCGUACGACGGCGAUGCCAUCAGUGUUACUGUUUUCCACAAUGCUGCUCCUGAGGGUGAUUGCUUUUAUAGCGCCAAACAAUUUAGUGUUUUCUGUGAACCGCCGCCGCACACGGGUAUCUAGCGUUCCAACACCAACAAUUUUGUCCAGGAACCGGUGAUAUUGCUCGAGAUGGCCCUUCAAAGCACUCGUGGUGUCGGCGUUGGCCGAACCGUCGUCGAGCGUCGGGUUGUAUCGUGCUGUGCCUUUAAGCCCCGUGCCCAGCAACAGCAAUCCCGCAAGCCAUCUGAGGCGCAGCCGCUCGCGUCGCAAUUGCUGGCUGCUGGUCUGGCGCUAAGCAUGACGCUCACCCCAAUCCUUGGAGCCAGCCCAGCUCAGGCAGCAAGCCAGUUCAACAGCCUCGCAGAUAUCGUCCGGAGCAACUUUGACUUUGUUGACGAAAACAAGGACGGCGUCAUUACGAAAGAGGAGCUGCUGCGGACAUCGCAGGCUGUAGCUGAGGAGGUUGACUUCAUGGUUCCCGAGGAGAAGCAGCUGGACUUUGCCAUGAAGCUGUUUGACCUCAACCAGGACGGCACGCUCGCCACCGACGAGCUGCUUUCCUCCAUCGCCCUGGACGGUGCGGUGGGCGAGGACGGGCAGCAGGUGGACGGCAACGUGGCGGCGGUGUUCGACCGGGAUGGAGAUGGUUUCGUGAGCCUGCGCGAGUGGCAGGCUGGCGUGCCGGCUCUGGGCCCCAGCGGGGAGGCGGCCAAGGAGUACAUCUUCCGGCGGGUGGACCAGGUGGUGGACGGGGACAGCCGGCUGGACGCGCAGGAGUUUGCCAACGCGUUGACAAUCAUGCGCACCGCGGUUCUGGGCUAUUGAGGGCGCCUGGUGCUCCAUAUGUUGAGUUGUAGUGACAGGAUUGGAAGUCAGGGUUGGGAAGCUUGGAAGCCGCAGCUUGAGCCUUCUGGCGCUUGCUGGUGGGGUGAUCCAAUUGGUCUCAGGGGUUCUAGAGUUGACUGCUGGUGUGGUGUUACGGUGUGCUCCGGCACAUGAGGAACGUGCCCAACGGCCCAUUCCUUAGUUUGGCAAGCAUGUACUGCAAUCGCCAUCGUAACUAUUCUUUCCGGUUGCUAGCUAUCGGCAUGACUUAUUGGGAUACCGUAUCCGUAUCACUUGUGUGUUGCGUGGGGUCCACACAUAGGCGGCCGUUCGUCUUGGCGAGGUUCGUUGGAGGCGUCGCAUGUAUCUAGGAUGGCCGUGUACAUCUAUGGACUUACCUCUUAUAGCGAGUAUCCUUUCCAAACUAGCACCUGUACAAAGCAUGUGUUCGUAAGCCGCGAUACGCACAAAUUACCUUACUGGCAGCGAAACACGGGGGUUUCCUCCACGUUCAGAUUUUAUUCCGCCGUACAGCAUCUAGUUAUUGGUAUCUCUCGCAGACGAAGCAGCAACGAUCGCAAUACCACAACCUGCCGCAUGAUUGUGCCCAAUUGUUAUGCUCCAACUUGCUUGGACCUUGUUGCCGUGCUGCCCGUGCAGUGCUGCGCGCUAACUCACAUGGAUUGUUGCCUAACGUUAUUAUACGGAACGCCCCAAUCUCCUCUGACUGCCCUUUGACAAACAUUGACACUAAAGCACCGGUAUACUAGUUUAUUAACGACAUCUAUCGGGCUUCGAGCCCUUAGCCAGUAACAGUUAGCCGCAAUGGCCCAUGUGAAACUGGUUUAAAUCUAUGCUUGUUGUUGUUUUACAACGCAAGAGUUUUAUGAACUUUACAGUUUGCGAAAGCCAUCCGCUGCUUUUACUAGUCCACUAUCAGCCGUCAUACUUUUGACAUUGGUUCUUCCUUGCAACAUAUUCAUAGAACAUCGGCAGCGUUUUACAUUGCUGGCACCUAUAUGUAGACUUGGUAUAAGCAGUAAACAAGUAUCUCCUACUACGGUUUUGGGCGCCAUUUGCAAGGGGUUGGACACACGCUCAGGCUCUAACCAGCCUGUGAGGUUUGCCUUGCGCUGGUCUACAAGGUUAACUAGGUGUGCGACCUGAGCAAUGAAAUUUGCUCGACUGCUGCGGACAACAGCGGAGGACUUGCCAGAACUACAAUGCUUGUUUCAUAUUUAUAAGCACUUAAAGAAGGAGCUAAAGCAGCUACCAGCUCGCUCAGAUGGCAAAGGUCCUCCCGGAGAAGCACAGACAAGCCAGCCUGGCGAGGAAGCCGCAGACGGGGCUAACAGCGCCCAGCGCGCGGCUGCUGAAGCUGCUGAAGAAGCGCGCUUUACCGCUGUACUAACAGACCACUUACAGCGGCUUAACGAUCGUUUCUUGGAGCGGGAGGAGACAUGCGUCAUCCAGCUCGAACGUCUGGAAGCAGAAGCAGCUGCCUGCACCGCUGCUGCAAAAGCUGCCUCCUCAGAUGCAGCUGCUGCAGCAGCGGAUAGCGGGCCUGAAGCCGAGGCUGCCGAGGCUGCUGCCGCUGAAGCGUUGAAUGCGGUUUCGGAGCAGCGAGCUCAGCUCUACAAGCGCUUUGUCAACUUCCACGGCGAGGUGCUGCUGCUGGUUCACUGGUCGGUGCUGGCCUACACGGCCACCGUCAAGAUCCUGAAGAAGCACCACAAGCGCACCGGCUUGCUGCUGCGCGCCCCACAGCUGGGGGACCUGCUGUCGCAGCCCUUCUGCUCCUCAGAGCUCAUGACGGGUCUGGCCCGUAAGGCCGAGUCCUGCAUACACCGCCUGGCUGGCCAGCUCUCCGUCUCGGGUACCUCGGGUGGAGGAGGAGGAGGGGAGGCAGCAGCAGCAGCAGCAGCCGGGCGGCCCACUGCCACUGCCCUUGCCGACGACCCUGUUGAGGCAGGCGGAGGUGGCGGAGGUGGAGAUACGCUUGGUGGUGGUGUCGAUGAGGGUGAUUCGUACGGCGGUGUGGCGGGAGGUGGAGGUGGAUGCAGUCCCAGUUGCUCGGAGAGCGGCGGCGGCGGCGGAGGGAUGGGGAAUGAGAUGGAGGUGGCGACGGCGGCGCUUGGGAGAGCGGGAGGGGAGGCGGCAGCUGCAGGUCAGCAAGGGCAACAGCAGCAACAACCACGGCGGCAGAAACGACGGCGGCAGUCGCAAGGUGCGAUUGCUACGGCAGCUGAAACCGCCGCCGCCGCUGCUGCUGCUGCUGGCACAGUAGCAGGCACUCCAGCAGCAGCAGCAGGAACCGCAGCAGGCGCCCAGGCGGGCAGCGGCGGCUUCCUGCGCAACCUGACUCGGCUGAGCGACAACAACAGCGCCGCCAGUCUGUCGGGGCCCUACGUGCUGGAGCAGCUUGCAGAGCUGCAGCACUUUGUGGACGAGUACGACAACCUAGAAGAAGACAAUGAAGAGGAGGACGAGGAGGAGGAUGAGGAGGACGGCGCCGGCAGUGCUGCGGCGGGGGCAGCGGCGGUGGGGACAGCGGCAGCAGCAGCGCAUGCAACACACGUCGGCCGCACAGGCUGUGUUGUUGAGGGGAGCGCUGCUGCUGCUACUGCUGCUGCUGCUGCGCAUGAUGACGUGGCAGCUGCAGCAGCCGCUGCUCCUGCCGCGCUGGCGGCCGCGGCAGCUGCAGCCCAGGAAGCCGUCGGGGCCGGCGCGGGUACGUCCACCCGUCAUGACACCGCCCCUGGGUUCGCCGCAGGGGGUGGCGACACUGAUGCUGUGGCAGCGGCGAACACGGCGACGGCGGCGGCAGCAACGGAUGCAGCGGAAGCCGAUGAGGGGCAGCGUCACACGUCGUCCCCCCGGAGCCAUGUUCAUGCCGGCCACCAGGGCCCCUGCAUGGCGUCAACCGUGCCAGGGGGUUUGGGAGAUGCAGGCCAGCUGAUGUCGGGUUCCGGGGGAUCUGGAUCUGGAUCCGGACAGGGCUCGGGUCCUGCUGGGGUGGAUGCGGCUGGUGCUGCUGCUGCUGCUGGUGCCUUGGCCGGAGGUGCGGGAGGCGGUUCAGGAGCAGGGCGAGAAGCAGCUGCUGCAGGAGGCGGGGGAGGGGGUCAGGGCAGCAGGUGCGUGGGGAGGUGUUUGCCGGAGAGCAGCAGCGGUAGCGCGGCGGCGGCGGCGGGCGGUGGUGGCGGCGGCGGAAGCGUGUCGGCGGGGGUCAGCGAGUCCUUUGGAGCGCCGCCGCGGGGGCUGCUGCCGACCCCCGCAAACCUCCUGCGGCGCACCCAGGUUGCCCUCACCAUGUGGGAGCAGCUUCGGAACAACGCCUCCACGCCCUCCACCGUCAUCGACCCGGCAGCAGGCCCGGCAGCAGGCCCGGGUGCAGGGCAACAGGGGGGGCGCAGUCAGGGAGGCAUGGGGGGGCAUGCAGGCGGCUUGGGGGGCGGCGGGUUGGGGUUGUUGGGGGGCGGGGGCGGCAAGAAGCGGCGACAUGAGGAGGCGGGCUGCGGCGGGGUGGGAGGCGCGCAGAUGGGGAGCUUUGCUGAUGAUAGCGACAGUAACAGCGACUGAGUGAGGUGGGCUGAUGCUGUUGGGGGGCAUGCAAUGCGAUGAGGUGGCAUGUAAUGGGUGAGAGGUGGGGUGCUGGGGUUGAUGGUGGGUGUGCGGGCUUUUGGUCAGCGGAGACUUGCACCCAAAGCGAGGCAGAGUAAGGAGAGGAGGAAGGGAAGGGCGCUUUCGAUGCAGCGUGUUGUGAGCAGCUGCAACUGAAUGGGCUGUGGCUGACUGGCUGGCUGGUUGCUGCAGGAAAGAAUUGGAGGAUGGCGUGAAGGUGCGAAGGUGUGAAGGCGAGGGCGAAAACGCUUUUGCUGUUUGAGAUCCGCUGGGAUUGUCGUUAGUAAGGCUGCAUGCCGGGUUGGGUACUUUGGGGAUUGGAGCAGCAGUGGGUUGAGGUUUUGAGGUCGAAUGGGUGCCGUCUGUUGGCUGCUGACGGGAUGCGAUGGUAGGCUGCCAGCGUUGUCGCUGCUAUUGUUGUGCCUCGGCUGUUUGCUCUCGAAUGGAUUGCCAUCCUUGAAACUACUUGAGGCGUGUACUGACAGUGUGCGGAACCAACAGUGUGGGGUAAUAAUAACUAGUGUGGGGUAGUAAUAACAGUGUGGGGUAUUAUUAAUAACCGUGUGUGCCGCAGCUCGGUAUUAGGGUUGGGUACGUGCAGCAGCUGUUAAAAGCAUCGCCCGUUUUUGUACCGUCGUUUUGCCCACAUGGGGAAAUGCCGCUCUUUCGCACGAAGGAACGUCGAGGGAAUUCCGAAGAGUGCGUGCCGUGGGGCUCUGUAUGUUGUCGUUGGGCUCUUACCUGCGGCGUCGUCCGUUAUUACACUUUCGUGUGCUUCCUAAGAUGCCCUGCGUAUGCGUCGUCCGUUGCCCUUUCCGCAUGCAUAACGACCACUUACCGUAUUGAUGCUAACUAACAACAGUAGUAGAUGCAACUAACGCUUGAAGGAAUGGUAACAAAUUCCACCUCGGUUGUCGAAUUGUUUGGGCGAUGGGCCGAUGGCGAACUACUUUGGACUCUGCUGACGUACGCGCUCUGUCAGUUGCUGCUGUUGUUGCUGCUGCUGCCGCGAGUUCAUGCAAGGGGAAAUUGCGUCUGUUGUUGAGGCGCUUAAAGGGUAUGUGGCUUCCUAUGUAUGGUGCUACUUGUAAUGGUGUGCGUUAAGGAAACUGGAUCUGUAUCGUGCAGUUAGGCUUGCCACCGGUCCACAAGGUGUACGAUGCACGGAAGCCAUUGCAGGUGCGGAAGGACGUGCGUGUCUGUUUUUGCGUUUCAAAGUUCGGAUGGUGUGUUUGCUCGGAGAGUGGGUUGCCUCUGCCCCAUGUGUCCUCUGCGCCGCUGGGAGAAGGCAAACAAGAAGGCACGGGUCCCGCUAUACGGGCAGCGGUACAGCGAAUAGCAGAAGCAAUAAUGCUAUAGAACAAACCAUUAUCUCAUUAUGUUUGUUUUUGUGAGGCACGGCUCGGUAUCACUGAUAUGUAACGUUCAAACGUGGUAGCGAUAGGAGGGGAACAUGGAGGAGAAUAUAAACAGGUGCGAUAACGACCGGA